AGUUAGUUCAAAGUAAUAUAAUGAUGUUGAAUUGUGUGAAUAAAAAUUUUAUUGUCACGUUGAGUUUGUUCUAAAUAGAAAUAUGCUCUCAUAUUAUUUAGACAUAUAUUUUUUUUCUUACAUCUACAAUUCAUUCAUUUAUCAAGACACUAAACAUUUUUUAAAAGUUUCAUAAUUUUUCUCAUAGAAAUUUAAAUUUCAACAUAUUUAAACUAAAUUUUAAAAACAAAUUAAGUUCAUUAGGAUUUUAUCUAGGAUGCAUGAUUAUAUGUAUGUGUUCACGUAAAAACCUUUGGCAAAACUAUCAUAUUUGAUCAAUCAUGAAUACAAUUAAAACAAAAUUUUUUGGCGCAUUUAUUAUAAUGUUUCAGACGAAAUUUUGCAUUAAUGCUUUGACAAUUUUGAUCGCGUAUCAAGCGCCGAUGUUGUUCUGUUUUUAUUUGAAAUCAAUUUAAAACGAUGAAAUGUUGAUAUAAAACAUUUUUGUUUCGAAUGUCUAGUGGUAAUGAUGAGAACUAUGAGCAUGCUUAUCAAACUGCUCAACAAACAAUAGGUGUUCCUAAAUAUAUUAAAACUAAAAACUAUGAAAACUCUCGAUACCGUGCACGAACAAAUCAGAAAACACCUGGAUACGAUCGCAGAUCCAAAUCAAAGCAGAAUAAAGUUACGAAACGUUGUAAUUCAAAUUUUGAACGAUUGUGGACAGAACAGCAUAAAUCCGAUUCCACCAUAUCAACAAAUAAUUUUGUCGUAUUAGAACUGUUAGGUAAAGGAGGUUUUGGUGUUGUCUAUUUAACAAAAUGGUAUCCGACUGUUCGUUAUUCUGAUGGUGUCAUCAAUAAGAAAGCCAGUAAUGGCCAAUUAGCAGCACUGAAGAUAUCUAGUAAAACUCUGCUAAUAAAAAAAGAAGUACAAUCAUUUAUUAUUCGUGAAAAGAAAAUUCUCUCAUGUUGUCAUCAUCCAUUUAUCACAAAUUUGAUAACAAGUUUCAAAGAUAAUUUCAAUGUUUAUAUGGUUUUUUCAUUUAUUGCUGGAGGAGAUCUUUUUACCUAUUUGAGAGUGGUAGAAAAACUGGAAGAAAUACACGCACAAUUUUAUAUUGCUCAAAUAUUGUUAGCUUUUGAAUAUUUACAUUGUUGCAAAAUUGUAUAUAGAGAUCUCAAACCAGAGAACAUAAUGAUUCAAUCAAAUGGUUAUAUAUGUAUCAUUGAUUUUGUUUGGGCACUCGGAAUUUUGACUUAUGAAUUGAUAUGUGGACAGCCACCAUUUUCUAGCGACAAUAUCAGUGAUAAUAAUGUACUGUUUGAAGCUAUACUUCAUCAUCCAGUUCAAUUUAAACACGAUUUAUUUUCACCAGGAACCAUUAAAUUUAUUAAAAGUUUAUUGAAACGAAAUCCUAAACAACGUUUAGGAUGCGGCGGACAUGGAAUUGACGAUGUUAAAUUUCAUUCAUGGUUAAUUGAGCAAGACUUUAACGAAAUCUAUAAUCAGCGAGUAAAACCUCACUAUAUUCCAGUGACAAAAAAUUAUAAGAAGUCAUCGAAAAGACUAAUUGAAUUGCCACCAACAGUUUUGAAUGAAGUGAAUGAAAAAGAUUUUGAACAAUUUUAA